CCGCUCCCAUUGGCGGGCCGCGGCCACGCCCCCGGUCACGUGAGCGGUCCCCGCCUCCCCCAAGUCAUGCCCCGCAAACGCCCGUUCAGCGCCAAGAGGAAAAAACAGCAGCUCCGGGACCGGCGGGAGCGGAAACGGGGAGAUGCCCCCCCGGGGGGUCCCGACUCGGGCCCCGGCAGCCGCAGCGGGAGCCGCGAGAGGGGCAGCGAUGGGACCCCCGGAGACCCCCCCGGGGACCCUCCGGGACCCCCCCGGCGCCACGACCCCGGCAGGUUCCGUCUCCAGCUGGGGGGUCCCCGGUCCCAGGCCCUGGCUCAGCGCCGGCGCCGGGCACAGGAGGAGCCCCUGGAGCUGCUCACGGAGAGCGCCCUGGAGCUGGACCCCGACUCCAUCUACGGGCCUGGUGAGGGGAAAAAGGCACCCCCGGGGGGGCAAAUGUGCCCUGGGGGGG